UUUUGGCGUAAAGACAUGAAAGACCCCUGCGGUGUUGGGGCUCUUCUACUCCUCUAAGUGACUGCCAUUGUCAUUAGAGAAUCGUUUAAAAAACACAUUACUGUGUGAAACCCUAGAGAAACAUUUUUUUCACAAAACAAGAGCGACCCCCACCCCUCAAGAAACCAGGGUCAAAGUUCACAGGAAGCUGGGGGGCUGCCAUUUUUCCCUGCUGCUACUGCUAACGUUUAACGUUAGAUGCUAAAACCGACGGGGAGGGGCGGUUGGUUUUGGAUUUUGUAGCUAGCUGGAAUCAACUGAUCGAAAUCGUUAUAUAUAAUCCGCCAUUCCUCCGACCGUUGUCGCAAACAACCAUCGUUAUUGGAUGAAUUCGGCAUGGAGAAAGUAGCGGAGCCGUCUUGGACUUCUUCGUACACCUACCAGGUGAGCAAGCACAGUGCGGAGAUGCUACACAACCUCAAUGUUCAGAGGAAAGAUGGAGGCAGGUUCUGCGAUGUGGUCUUACGCGUCGGCGAGGAGAGCUUCCCUGCCCAUAAAGCGGUGUUGGCCGCCUGCAGUGAGUAUUUCGAGUCGGUCUUCGGCCGCCAGACUGAGGGCGACGGCGACGCCAAGGAGCUGGAGAUGCACACGAUCAGCCCGAAAGUUUUUAAAGACAUCUUGGACUUCGCCUACACCUCCAGGAUCGUGGUGCGACUGGAGUGCUUCCCGGAGUUGAUGACAGCUGCCAAGUUUCUGCUGAUGCGGUCGGUCAUUGAGAUCUGUCAGGAGGUCAUCAAACAGUCCAACGUGCAGAUCCUCGUCCCGACCUCUCGGGGAGGAGACGCCAGCCUUUUCCAGGCCACGGGCGCCACGGAGCUGGGUUUCCCGGUGGCACAGCAGGAUGUGGUAAACGGAACGGGAAUGCUGGUGGACGGUCAGAGCUUUGCUAACAAUGCGCAAAUGCAUGUGGAGGGGAGCGGAGACGCCGCCGCCGUUUUACUCGAGGACGGCGGCGAGUCAUCGGUGCCAAUGUUGGAGCCUGUCGAAGGGCUGUCGGUUUCCCCAUCAACGGAAAUAACGGGGAACACACUUCAUCACGACGCUGGCUCCCCAGGGUCAAAGAGGGGCAGGGGGAGACCAAAGAAAGCAGGUGGAGUGGUGGAGGCUGUACACUUCAAUCACAGCACCCAGAAAGACAAUGGGUUGUUUCCUUGCGGGACUUGCGGUAAAGCUUUUACAGAAGCUUCCCGCUUGAAGAACCACGAAGCGCAACAUGGAGCCUCCACUGGCGGUGUAAACAACGUCGGUGACAGCCUGUCAACGGCGGGCGGUAUGUCUUUAAUAUCUCACCCUGGUCUGGUGGAAAACGGCUUGCAGUUACACGGAGGGCUGACGCUGGAUAACGGUCGCAAACGGGAGAGGACCAGGCGACACGUCGGCUGUGACAUUUGCGGGAAAGUUUUCCGCGACGUUUACCACCUGAACCGACACAAGCUUUCCCACUCCGGGGAAAAGCCGUACGCAUGCCAUGUGUGCGGGCUCCGGUUCAAACGCAAGGACAGGAUGUCAUACCAUGUGCGGUCCCAUGACGGGUCAGUCGGAAAACCGUAUGUGUGCCAAAGCUGUGGUAAAGGUUUUUCAAGACCCGACCACCUGAAUGGACAUAUCAAACAAGUUCACACAACAGAGAGACCCCACAAGUGCCAGAUUUGUAAUGCCUCUUUUGCUACAAGAGAUCGCCUCCGGUCACACCUUGCAUGCCAUGAGGACAAAAUCCCCUGCAAAGUUUGUGGCAAGUUCCUGCGUGCUGCCUACAUGACAGACCACCUCAAGAAACACAGUGAAGGAACACAUAACUACUGUGGCAUUUGCAACAAAGACGGACAGGAAAACGCUGGGAAAUGUCCUCAUCUGGAAUCCGAAGAAUCAGAUCCUUCAUUUGGAGAAUUGCCCAACGGUGAUGAGCUUAAAUCUCCACACAAACCUGAUAGGCCGGAGCUCGAGAUGCCCUCUUUAGCCUGUAACGGAGCCUCUGCCGGGUCACUGGGGUCCCCAGAGGGAUCCAAAGCCAAGACGGACCCUGAGAAGAAGUUUACCUGCGGGAUCUGUGGUCAGGCCUUCCGCACCAAGUCCUACCUCAACAAGCACCAGCACAGAGUUCACAAAGCCCAGAAGGCCCAGGGGGUUUCAGGGUCCGGCUUAAGUGAGCUGGCCCCGUCCCUGACCUCUCCCUUCUCCCCUCAACAAAACAUGUCUCUGCUCGAGUCCUUUGGCUUUCAGAUUGUCCAGUCUGCUUUUGCCUCCUCACUGGUAGAUGCUGAGGCAGGUCAAAGUGGACUGGACUUUGGAGGGAAGUGACAUAUUUCUAGAGUUGUAAGAAAGCUUCUCACUUGUUGGACAAAGCCGGGUUGCCCACAGAAGAUGCUCUGUAUUUGGGAAUAUCUUUGCCUCAAGACUACUUUUUUUGUUUGUCACAUUGCUUAAUGUGUAUCCAAUAUUUUUGUCAGAGACCGCCAUACGAUUCCUACUUUUUCUACUUUUUCAGAGUAUGAAAAGUGAACGGUGUUUAUAUUUUCUCUGUAAAGAAAUUACAUGAAGGUUUUAUUUCCUUUAUCUGACGUGGAUCUGUUGAAGUUAUGUUUGGUAGGCUUUCAGUUGAUUUUGGCUUGUGUGUUAUUCUUAGCUGCACAUAUGUUCUUGACAUGAGAUGAAUUAUUUAGUGCAUUCUUAAAAUGAGAAAUGUGUUGUCUGUUGCCCACUUUAACUGCUCUGAUGUACUUCAAUCAACCCUUGGCCAUUACAACAAUUUUUAAUGUUUCAUAUUCCUUGUUCCCCUAAAGGCUGUAGACAGACAUCUUUACAUCAGAGCAACAAGAGGGCUGAGUUCUGUAUUUAUGUUGUUCUGUGUCUUUUUAAGAGGACUUUGUUUUUCUUAAGGACAGGGAUUUAAAUUGGCCUCAAUUUUGAUAGCAGGUUUUGUUUGGAAUCUGUUAAUUGUGAAUAACUUACAAUAUUCCCAACAGGCCCACGGCAUAUUCAUCACUUUUAUUAUUAUUAAGUAACAACUUUGUACAAAAAGAGUCAGUUUAAAGGCCGCUGAGUAGCACUGAUAGUUGUAAACAAGCUUAAGAAAUUACUAAUGACAGGAUUGUAGUCGACAACAGACAGUUAAGAAGCACUUUUGAACAGGUCAUUAAAACUCAAAAUUUGAAUUGUUACAGCAUUCACCAAGCGCAGUUUGCAACAUAAAAGCUGCCAAAAAGGAUCUCACCUAAAACAAAUGAAUAAUUAAGCUACCUCAUAAGAAAUUAACACCAUUGUGCUUUGUUGAUCAUAGCUUAAUCAAGCUUAAUUUUUCUGCUAACUUCAUUGGAUUAAGAGAAAAGAAAAAAAAGUCAUAGUUCAGAAAUGAAAAAAAAAAAAUGUAUUUAAAGCCCCAAUAGCACCUAAGCUUUUUUUUCUCAGUAUUUUUAAGAUCCAAUCUUGAAGUGCAGUCAUACUGAUAAAGCCACCUGGCUUUGAGGAUUGUUACCAUUCACCAUUAACCCAAGUGGUUGUGAAUCUUAACCAGAAAGCAAUGGUACACUGAUGUGACAGCUGACAAGAUGUGCAAAUCUACUGGCAGCUCACUUGGAUGUGAAAAGCCCAUCAUCAUUUUUUGAUUUGAUGAUUUGUAAAAUGAAUUAUUCAUAUGAAAAACUGCAAAAGUAAGGAGAGGAAAGCCAUUUAUUAUUGUGAUCUAUACUGUGUAAAGGAAUAUUUUUGAAAUGAAAUUUCUUUGUUUUUUAUCAUGUCAACAUAAAUUUUGAGUCAAAAUCAGUCUUGAAAUAUGCCUUGAGCUUGUUGGGAAUUAGCUUUGUAUUCCCCCCCCCCCCCCCGGCACGCCCCGACAAUGACAAUAUUUCCAAGUAUUGUUUGUUAGGUAUUAAACAGGGACCAAGGUCAGGUAUAUUUUCAGUAUAUAUUUUGAGAAAUGUAAAUUAUAUUUUAUUAACUUAUUCAUGCCCUCAUUUUUGUGUACAGUUUUUUUUAAUAGUCAAACAAAAAUCUCGUGAUUUGCUCAUUUUGGUAAUUUUUCACUCUAAAUUAUGUUAAAUGGAGUUGUGGAUUUUUUUCUUGUGUGUGUGUUGUGCAGCAGUUAAGGGGUUAGAGAAAGGAUUCACACCCUGAUCUACCAGCCUCUGGACCGACCAAACGUAAUGCAACUUUUACAGAGUCAAGUAAUUAAGCUCACUUUAAUUCUCCAGUGUUUCUUCAUCUUCAUCACGUUCACGUCUUGUAUUGACCACCCCCCCACACACACUAGCACCACUCCCACCACCACCCACCGCAGUAUCAGAGUUGCUUGUGCUGAUGUGUAGAUGACACAGCUUGUGUUUGCAUUAAUGGCUGCUCAGUUAAGGCACAAGCUAUCCAUCUUGGUUUCUUACAGUGAAAGUGUUUAAUUCAAACUGUGCAGUCCAAGACAUUCCUCUGAAACUUAAUUGAACAGUUUUUAUACUUAAACCCAAUAGGGAGUUAUUGAUUAAAAGAAAGUAUAUAAUUUGAGUUAAAUUCAGUUAAGGGCUGCAGCUAACUGAUUAUUUUCAUUAUUGAUUAAUCUGCAGAUUUUGAAUCAACAUGUCCAUUACAUGUUAAAAAAAAAACGACAAAAAAAAACAAACAGUUAGAUUAGGUUAAAAAACACAACUCACUCAAUUUGCUUUAUCUGUAUGACCAACAGUCCAAAACCCAAAGAUAUUCAGUAUACUGUCACACAAAGAAAAGCAGCAAACUUU